CAAGUAUUAACAGCAGAUAAGAACACUAUAUAAUUAUGAUAGGAUAUACGAUUGCAGUUCUACUAGCUAUCUCCUUAGUCAAUCCAAUAAGUCAAACAGAAGCUGUACACCGUCGAGUUAUCAUUCAUAUUCCCUAUCAUAUAAAAACAAUAAAACAUACUCAUACAAUCACUAAACUUGUGGAACAUCAAGAUAGUGGAGAGAGUGAAAAAUAUUGGGAUUAUCCUCCUCCGGAAAAACCGACCUCUAUUAUUAUUCAUAACAGUUGGGGAAGACGUGGUAUUGGAAGAGAAGGAAUUGAUGAUGCAGUGCUUUGGGAUGAAGGAUAUGCAGAAAUGGAUUUUGGUGAUGAACUUGGUGGUGUUCCUUAUGAAGAAUAUGCAUUAUAAAUUGUGAAUUUUUUGUAAAAAUUGUUCGACUAGUCUUUGUGAAUAAUUAUCAUGAUUAUUAUACAUCCAUUAGGAUUAAUUUU